GGGUGGCCGCGCGCGGGCGGGCGAGCCCGUCUGUGCAGGCGCCCGGCGCUGCGUGCCGCUCCCGCUGGGCAUGGUGAGCAAGGGGCCGCUGCUGCGCCUGUUGACCGCCAUCAACCGGAGGAGGAUGAAGCUGCUCAUGGGGCUCGCCUUCAUCGCCUAUGUCGCGUCUGUAUGGGGAAACUUUGUCAAUAUGAGGUCUCUUCAAGACAUUGGGGAUCAGAAGGUGGAAAGUAAAAUAGAGGAGGCUGUUGCACCUCUAAGGGAGAAAAUCAAAGAUCUAGAGAAAAGUUUCACCCAGAAAUAUCCACCAGUGAAGUUUUUAUCAGAAAAGGAUCGCAAAAGAAUAUUGAUAACUGGAGGAGCAGGGUUUGUGGGUUCUCAUCUUACUGACAAACUAAUGAUGGAUGGCCAUGAGGUUACAGUUGUGGACAACUUCUUUACGGGCAGGAAAAGAAAUGUGGAGCACUGGAUUGGUCAUGAGAACUUCGAACUGAUAAAUCAUGAUGUCGUUGAGCCCCUGUAUAUUGAAGUGGACCAGAUCUAUCAUCUAGCAUCUCCUGCUUCUCCUCCAAAUUACAUGUAUAAUCCUAUAAAAACAUUAAAAACCAACACUAUUGGGACAUUAAACAUGCUGGGAUUAGCUAAACGUGUUGGAGCACGGCUGCUACUGGCCUCUACGUCAGAGGUAUAUGGAGAUCCUGAAGUUCACCCUCAAAAUGAGGAUUACUGGGGCCAUGUAAAUCCAAUAGGCCCCAGAGCCUGCUACGAUGAAGGAAAGCGGGUUGCAGAGACCAUGUGCUAUGCAUAUAUGAAACAGGAAGGGGUUGAAGUGAGAGUUGCCAGAAUAUUUAAUACCUUUGGUCCUCGGAUGCACAUGAAUGAUGGUAGAGUUGUCAGUAAUUUUAUCCUUCAAGCUCUCCAGGGAGAACCCCUAACUGUCUAUGGACCUGGAACUCAGACAAGAGCUUUCCAGUAUGUCAGUGAUCUUGUGAAUGGGUUAGUGGCCUUGAUGAACAGCAAUGUCAGUAGUCCUGUCAACUUGGGAAACCCAGAAGAGCAUACUAUCCUGGAAUUUGCCCAAUUAAUUAAAAAACUUGUUGAUUCAGCAAGAUGUUUCUUCAAAAUUCUGCAAGCUGUUCUCCUUUAAUAACCGUUAAAAGAAGCUCAUGCUGUGGUGACAGUCAUUCUCUACCUUUCACUGAUCUACCGGUGAUUCUUCCAAGGUCUGAAAAUGAUUCUGGUGGGGGCUGUUGGCACCUUCCUUGUGUGUGGCUAGGAAGAAAACACUGUGGCUCUCCCUUCUUUCUUGCUCCAAGAUCCAUAGCAAAUUGAGCUCCCAAGAAGGGAAGUAAAUAGUGCUGCUCAGUCUUCUAAUGUGGUUUCCUCAUGAGAUGAAAGAUACUGAUGCCAUUAGGGAAGGAUUUUCAGUCUGUACAUCCCAGCAGUACUUCUGAGGGGUCUACAAAAGGCACCUGAGAGAUUCAAAUGUAUGGUACGGAAGCUGAUGCAUGUGAUGAUUCUGUCAUGGGACUCUUCCCACUGGAAAGUAUCUGUGAGUCCACAGAUUGGGGAAGAAUAUUAAAAGCUGCAGCACCAAAAUCAUCUAGCAGAUAAAAUAAUUGUUACCUCCCUUUACCUGUGUGCCCAUAAACAGCUUGGUCUCUUUCACGGUGCCUGAAAAGGUCAUUUAGUUCUUUAUCCAUUACAUCACUCAGAUGACACAUAAACAGUUUGCUGGAUUUUCUCAGAGACCUUGUGGUGUCUCCGUACAUUGUCAUGACGAAAGCCAAGUACUGUAUUGGAUCUUUAACAGUCAGACUGCAGAGUGUGAGCAAAGAGGAAGUGAAGUGCUUCCCCAGUGCAAAAAUGCUCAUUGACAGCUGGUUCACUGACUGUUGCAGUCAGUGCAGCUACACCUGCAGAAAGCGCUUCAAUGGUAGGAAUUACAUAAGAGAGAGCUGCAGAGAGACCUGAUGCUUCAAGAAGAAGCAAAAAUGUAAAUGCGAAGUAUAGUGAAUUGGGGAUGGUAAUGUACGAUAUCCUGUU